UUAAAGUGUAUCAAUUUUUUUCCUUGAAGAAAAGGACAUUAAAUUUUGGACAGCCAACCAUAUUUGAUUAAUUAUUGAAUAAAAUUUGAGUGGAUACCUGAUCAAUUGGCAAUAGCAUGCAAGUGUUGAAGACAAUAAUUCACAAUUAUCGCACACAGAGAAAUAAAUAUUUCUCCUACCAUUCCAUUAUUCAUUAUCUCUUAAAUUUAAGGGUAAUUUUAAGGACCAAACUCAGAAAAAGAGACCUUAGAAUUUCAAUCAUGUUGGUACUCCCCACAUAAAAGGGAUAAUAUCUUGGAGAGUUGAAGCAUCAUAUAUUAAAUCUUUUGACAACUCUUAACAAUAUGAUGCCAUUAAUAAGCUGAUAACAUCUGGUGGAUCAUUCAUAGCCAAAGGCCACAGCCUUCCCUCAAUCAUAUCCUUAUAAUUGCUUAAAUUCCAUUUGAUAUCUUUUCAUGACUCAUAUCAUGGAUGCUAAAUCUUCUGCUACUCUACAACUGGAACAACAAACCAUAGGGCAAACAGGUGCAAGGAAUAAGUCUUCAAUAAACAACCAUAAUGAAGAAAAAUUCCAAUUGAGAGAACUCAAAAAUAACUACAAAAAAUGGGUACGAAUCAUCACUUACAUCCUCUUUGUCCUUGUUGGUCAAACCAUUGGCAUUCUCUUAGGAAGACUUUAUUUUUCCAAAGGUGGAAAUAGCAAAUGGUUAGCCACUUUUGUUUUUAUGGUCGGCUUUCCUAUCCUCAUUCCAUUCAAAUGCUUCUUCCACCCGAACCCACAAAUUACUAGUACUUCUAGUGUAAGUCUUAAUCCUAGUUCAUUUCACCUAAAACUUACUGGUCUUUACAUUGUUUUUGGCCUUCUUUUAUCUGGAUCUAACUUGAUGUAUAGUUUUGGACUACAAUACUUACCCGUUUCUACGUACUCAUUAUUGUGCGCAACUCUACUUGCAUUUAACGCAAUCACCUCUUUCUUUAUAAACGCCCAAAAAUUCACUAUCCUAAUCAUCAACUCGAUUGUGAUCCUAACAAUCGCAGCGUGUCUCUUAGCCAUCAAUGCUGAUAACGAUGAUAAUGAAGCCGCUAAGGGGAAAUUUUUACUAGGGGUGUUAUUCACUAUUGGUGCAUCUGCAACAUUAUCUUUAUUGACGUCCUUGACACAAUUCUCUUUCGAGAAAAUUAUAAAGGAUCAAAGCUUUAGCACUGUAUUAAAUAUGCAACUUUAUCAAUCGUUUGUGGGAAGUUGCGCAUGUGUAGUAGGGCUAUUUGGUAGCGGAGAUUGGACAACUUUAAAAGGGGAGAUGUAUAAUUAUAAAUUGGGGAGAGAGUGGUACGUAACGAUAUUGGUCUCCUCUACUAUAUGUUGGCAAGUUUUUUCAAUAGGAAUGUUAGGUCUUAUUUUUGAAGUAUCUUCACUAUUUUCUAAUGUAAUUGUUACCUUGGGCUUGCCAUUGGUUCCGGUUUUUGCGGUUAUAUUCUUUCAUGAAAAGAUGAAUGGGGUGAAAAUAAUAUCUUUGAUUCUAGCUUUGUGGGGAUUUGUUUCUUAUAUCUAUCAAAAUUACUUGGAUAAUAUUGAAGAUUUAAAGGAAAAGCAAAAGUAUGACAAUGAUGUUAGUCAACUAGUUGGUAGCACUGAAAUUUGUUAAUACUUAAUGGAGUAUCUUGUGUUAUGUAAGUCAGCCAUUAUAGGGCAUAUUACAUUCAGAAAUAUUUGACUUUUCAACGGAAAAGUUUACCAAAUGCAUAUUGAUUAUGUAAAAUAUAUAUAAUACUAUGUGUAGAAUGAUGUUCAAUAUAUUUUAUAUGAGUUGAUUUGAAGAAUAUUUUAUUGUUCAA